GUUAGAGUCAUUUAAAGCAAUGAUUUGUUUCCUACACAACAAUUGACCGCAAAAACCAUUUAUUGAAAUCACAUUUUCUGCCACUUAUUGGACACUAAUUGGACACAAAUUAGACAAUAAUUUAUUUGUAUUUUAUAUUUCAAUUUAAUUUUGUUUUAUAUUUUCAAUUAAAAAGCACUGACUUUUAUCCGCAAAGUUUAUCUACAAUUUUAUUUGAAUUUUAUUUGUAAUUUUAAAAAGAAAUUUAUUUACAAAAAUAUUUGUUUAAAAAAAAUUAUAGUAUUUAUAGACAUAUUAUCCAAAUUGUUGUAAAAUUAUUGGCAAAUAAUGGCAAAUCCAGUGACACAAUCGUCACCACAAAGAGCUAUCGUUAAGAUGGUUGUUUCGGGUGAUUCACUCAUAAUUAGAGGUCAGCCCAAAGGAGGUCCGCCACCCGAAAAGCAAAUCAACUUAGCUUACGUAAUGGCACCAAAAGUGGGUCGCAAACUACCCGACGGCACUACAAGUAUUGAAGAGCCGUAUGGCUGGGAAUCGCGUGAAUACUUGCGCAAGAAGUUAGUCGGUAAAGAGGUUCUGUUUAAGUCAGAGUAUAAGAUACAAAUGGGUAACGCUCAAAGAGAGUUUGGUAUACUUAUGUGUGGCGAUGAAAAUAUCAACCAAACAGUUGUUAACGAAGGAACUGUUGAAGUAAACAGAAGGGAAAAGAAUAAGGAUAACGAAGAUGUUAUCAAAUUAGUUGAAUUGGAAGAAUCGGCCAAAAAUGGUGAAAAAGGAAAGUGGGGUAAACUUGCUUCGGGUAAACGCGAGGUUUUAUAUGAAGUAGAAGAGCCACAGAAAUUGGUUAACAAGUCUUUGAUUGGUAUUGUGGAACACGUUCGCGAUGGAAGUACUUUGAGGGUUGCUCUUCAGUUAGAAUCAAACAAGAAGUACCAAAAUAUAACUUUGAUGUUAAGUGGAAUCCGAUGUCCACAAGCGUCUGAGCCGUUUGGAGAAGAGGCCCGUUAUUUUACCGAAUCCAGACUUCUUCAAAAGGAUGUCAACGUUCGUAUUGAACAGACAUCUGGUGGCGGAAACAGCUCUGCUUUUGUUGGUUCCGUUACUAUCGGCGAUAAAAAUAUAGCAGAAUAUCUCAUUAAAGAAGGCUUUGCGAAAUGCAUUGACUGGACUAUUGGUUUGACUGAAGAUCCGAAAAAAUUGAGAAAUUUUGAAAGAGAGGCCAAGUCUAAGAAGUCGCGAAUUUGGAAGGAUUACAAAGACGCUCCAAAAACUAAUGGUUCCAAUGAUAGCUUCGAAGCACGAGUGCUUGAAAUUGUUAGCGGAGACGCACUUGUUGUCCAAAAUUUGACUACAAAUGAGGACAAGAAAAUAUUUAUUGCAUCGAUUCGUCCGCCGAGACCCGAAGGCACCAAAACUGAUGACGAUAACAAAGAUAGGAAACAAUUCCGACCACUUUAUGAUAUUCCACACAUGUUUGAUGCCCGAGAAUUUCUGAGGAAGCGAUUGAUUGGGAAAAAAAUUAGCGUAAAGGUUGACUAUAUUCAACCGAAAACAGACAAUUUUCAAGAAAAAAUUUGCUGUACUGUUGUUGUGGACAAUAAUAUUAAUAUCGGUGAAGCACUGAUCAGUAAAGGGUUGGCAACAGUUGUCCGGUACAGACAGGAUGACGAUCAGAGAGCCAGUGCUUACGAUUCGUUUUUGGCCGCAGAAUCAAAGGCACAAAAGAGUAAUAAAGGCCUCUAUUCUAACAACAAAGACGCCGGUAUUGUUCGCAUUGUUGAUCUGAGUACUGAUCAGUCAAAAGCCAAGAAUUAUUCGACAUUUUUACUCCGCAAUCAAAAUGACAAAAAGUCAGCUGUCGUUGAGUUUGUGUUUCCUUCUUCUUCCAAACUUAAACUUUAUGUUCCAAAAGAUAAUUGUUUAUUGAAUUUAAUUCUUGUUGGCGUCAGUUCUCCCAAAAGUACUGAUCCAAUCGGUAUUGAAGCGCUUAGAUUUGUUAAACAACGAAUCCAUCAAAGAGACGUUCAAAUUAGUGUUGAAGCCAUUGACAAAGUCGGCAAUUUUAUUGGUUGGGUUUAUUACGAACACAACAACUCUCAGCACAAUCUUGCCGUUGACCUGAUCCGCAACGGUUACGCCUCAGUUAGAGAAAGCAGUUGGACUAAUGAGUUGAGUGCAGCCGAAGCUGAAGCCAAGAAACAGAAAAUUGGUAUUUGGAAGGAUUAUAAAGAAGAGGAACACACAGAGGCUUUAGAAGAAGCCAUUAAUGAAGAAGUUGUUGAGAAAGACACUUCAGAUUUGGAUAAAAGGAAAAAAGUUGUUGUCACUAACAUAUCGAGUGGUUUAUCGUCAUUUCACGCUCAAUAUGUUGAAGACGGUCCCAAACUUGAAGAACUGUUGACAGAGCUUAGAGAAGAGCUAACUUCUAAUCCUCCACUUCCCGGAGCUUAUAAGCCAACUAAAGGCGAUCUCGUUGUGGCCAAGUUCUCAGUUGACCAACAAUGGUACAGAGCUAAGAUUGAGAAGAUAGUUUCCAACAAUGAGAUCCAAGUUAUUUACACCGAUUACGGUAAUCGGGAAACUAUAAGUUCCAGAAGUAUAGCUGCGAUGCCGUCUUCCAAGUUCACGAGUCUGGGACCGGCCGCUAAAGAGUACGCACUGGCAUUUGUGCGCCUCGACACAGAUCCAGAUUUUGUCAAUGAAGUGAGAAAUGCAUUCAGCGAUGAGACAGCCGAUAGAGUCUUAUUAUUGAAAAGUGAAUACAAAGACGCGUCGGGUCUCGAAGCUGUCACUCUUUUGGAUGAAGAGUCCAAAAAGGAUAUUGUAUUACAGUUAGUAUCUGACGGACUCUUUUUCGUUGACAUUAAGUCUAGAAGAGAACGAAGACUACAGAAGACGCUCAACGAAUACAAAGGAGCGCAAGAAAGCGCUAAAAAGAAACGGCUAAACAUUUGGCAAUACGGAGACAUAACUGAAGACGACGCCAAAGAGUUUGGUUAUCCGAACGCUUAAAUUGUCUCCAAAAACAAAUCGUCAAAUUAUUUGUCGAAUUACCGUAUUUUUUAAGAAUAAUAUAUUAAUAAUUACAAAAAUAUGAUAUAAUUUAAAGUAAUUAUUUAGACUAUAUUUUUAAAGAAACAAAAUCACUGACCCAAUGAAUACAACAAAUUAUUUA